AUGAGGUCCAAAGACCCGGCGGCCGAUCCCAUGGACGGUCAGCCGCCAAAUCUGUAUGUGAUACUGAAGGAAGCCGAUUUGUUACAGUAAGUUUAUUAUUUUUUAUUGUUGUUUGAUUUUUAGGUACUGGAAAGAAAGUUAUUGCCAUUCUACGUUCUGUAAAGAAAGUUUUUGCUAUUUUCUGUUUUAUAGGGAAAGUUCUUGUAAGUUUUGGCCAUUUUAAGAUACGUUAAGAAAGUUUUCGUUAUUUUACGUUCUGUAAGGAAAGUUCUUGCCAUUUUAAGUUACGUAAAAAAAGUUUUCGUUAAUUUACAUUCUGUAAAGAAAGUUCUUGCCAUUUUUUUCAAUUCUUUAAAAUCUUUGGAUUGCCGGCUAUGUUAUUAUGUUAUAGUUAUGAUAAUAUACUAUAAUAUCUAAAAUAGCUUUUUGUCUAUUAAAAUUUUAUAAAAUAGAUAUUGAAAUUAUAAAAACCGGCUUUAAAACAUCUUCCAUUGACGUCAAUGGCUCGGUUUUUCAACGUGAAUUCACGUUGUAACAGCGAUUCGGAACGGAAAAUAACUGAACAUUGGAUAAUUCAAAACGAACACAGCGUUUACAGUGUAAUAUCUGUGUUCCGAUUGAUUCAUUCUAAUUCUUGAGUGGUAGUUGAUGUUGUUUUACAUGGUUAUGUGUUAACAUUGUUGGUGGGAGCUUGUUUGUCUACUUAUUAGUUCGUUUGUUACCGGAACUAUGAAAAUUCGAAAAGGAAAACGGGUUAGAAGGAUAGUAAAAGCUUUUAGAAGGUAAGAUAAGGUCUAAAUUAAGCAAAGAAUGGAAAGAACUUUCUUUAAAAUUGCAAUAACUUUCUUUACGAACCUAAAACAUCAGUAACUUUCUUUACAAGCUGUUAAGUGCUACAGUUUGUUUCUAAGCGAUAAAAUAAACUUUUUUACAGUGUAAAAUUGCAAGAACUUUCUUUACAAGGCUGAAAAAUACAAUUUUUUUCAAUAAAAAGUCAUUUUUUGGAAAAUUUCAUACCUAAAAUAAUAAUUUUUUGACAAUUUUAACGUUUUGAUCCAUUUUUUCUAGAUAUCAUGACAAACUUCGCACGGUGCUGAAGCUCCGACAUGCCGGUGACCUCUUAUAUACAGAAGAGAAGGACCUAACCGAGAUUGGCAUGUCUCGACCAGAACAAAAACGACUUCGUCGAGAACAGAAUCGAUUUCUGAACAACCAGCAAAGCUCUUCGUUUUACGUUAAACUUCGAAAAGUUUUUGGAAAAUCAGAAGCCAGGCAUUCUGAAGUCAAUCCUACAACCUCGAGCUAUCUGGAUCAAGAUGAACAACAUGUCAUAUCACCUGAUUCGGUAGAGUUAUGUAGGGAACUGGGUCGUGGAGAGUUCGGCAUUUGUUAUCAAGGGACUUGGAAUCUACCUGAUGGGAACUCGGUUCAGGUAGGUAUGGGAACAGAGUUGAAAAUGUGGGGAAAGGGGGAUUUAGUUAUUAUGUUGGGGAAGAGGUAAGUAGAAGAAAUGAAGUGGGAAGAAUCAGAUGAUAUAAAUUUGAAAAAUUUUUUAUUGUUUUAAUUUUGGCAAGUGGGCCUUAAAAAAGUUCUUUUUAAUCCUAUUUUACCCCUGCAGCUACACUUUUAUUACCUCUAUCUUACCUCCUUUAACCCACUAAUCAGCCCCAAAAGGAAAGGGAACGAAAAGGAAAGAGAAAGAGUCGUGUACGCCCAUAGCCCGUUGAACGCACGCCAUCCCGUCCGAUCUGGCAAGUUAAGCAACGGUGCGCUUGAUUAGUACUUGGAUCGGAGACGUCCUUGGAAGCUCAAGUGGCGCACGCUUUUUUCGCAUUUUCUAUUGCUUUUUGGUACUAUUUUUGGGUUUGUGGUAGGAAAGGGUUGUUUUUUGUUGUUUCAGGGGUAUUUUAGGUUUUGAAUUUGGGAGUUUUUGAACAGAAAUUUUGAUUUUUGGGGAUUUUUUCUAUUUUUAGGAUUUUUCGAGAAUUUGUGUAGCAAAAAGCCAUAAAAUUAGGUAUUAAGAAUGGAAAAAGGUGUUAAAGUUCCAAAAAAUAGGCAUUAUUGUUAUUAAGAUUCAGAUGUGUAUCUUUAGGUAGCCAUAAAACGAGUCCUCCCAGACAAACUCAAAGCCAACCCAAGCUGCUUCAUCCAAGAAGCGGCCGUAAUGUCAAAAAUGAAGCACGAGAACCUAGUACGAAUGUAUGGCAUAGUGUUAGACACCAAAGCAGUUAUGUUAAUAUCCGAACUUGCCUUAUACGGAUCACUAUUGGAAUGUCUUCGGAAACCGGCUGGAGAUCUGCCGUAUGCCGUGGACAAACUCUGUGACUUUGCCCUUCAAAUCGCCCGAGGCAUGAACUAUUUGAAUUCGAAGAAGGUGGUGCAUCGAGAUCUGGCAGCUCGGAAUGUGCUCGUAUAUACACCUAGCCAGGUCAAGAUAUCUGACUUUGGACUGUCGAGGUCGCUAGGGAUUAGUGAGGACUAUUACCGGUCGGAGUUCACAUCAACAAUGAAGCUACCGAUAGCAUGGUGCUCUCCAGAAGCCAUCAAUUUGUUGAAGUUCACUCCGGCUUCUGAUGUUUAUGCUUAUGGUGUGACCUUGUGGGAGAUGUUUUCGUACGGGAAAAUGCCUUGGAAAGGGUAUUCUGGAAGUCAGGUGAGAGUUAGGAAGAAUGGGUUUUGAAGUUAUAUUGUAGUAAUAUAUAGGUUUUAAUAUUAUAUUUUAGUACAUAUUAUGUUUUCAAAAAAAAUAGAAUUUUAUGUUAUAGUAGGUUAAGGUCAUACUGUUUUAUUGAAACUUAAUGGUAAUCUUGAAAAAUGUAAUGCCAUUUUAAUUUUUAUAAUUUAUUUAUUAAUAUAAUUAAAGAUUUUUAAAGAUUGGACAAAUUUUAAUUCGAUUUUAAAGAAAAAUCCAUUGUGCAGACUGCGGGUGACAUGUUAUACGAUGAGCUCGUUUUGAAUUGCACUUUUUUGAUUUAACAUAUUGAUAUAUUAUUAUUUAGACAUCUCCUAUCGUAUGAGUCUAUUUUUAAUAAAAAAUUUUGGUAUAGACGUUUCGUCGUAUAACUUGUCACCCGCAAGCUGCACAGUGCUUUUUUCUUUAAAUUUUAAAAAUUCUUUAAAGUUCCGAUAAGACUAAGUUGAAAAAGAGUUAAAGUAUAUCAUUUUUCAAAAAUCUUGGUUACUUUAACUUUAAUUUUAUAUUAUAGUACCUAAAACAAAACCAAACUCACCCUUUCAGAUAUUACACACGAUUGAUACCCAAAGAAAGACCUUGGAUUGCCCCGAGUUUUGUCCUCACGACUUUUACACGAUGAUGCAAAAGUGCUGGUCACAUGAGCCGGCGGAUCGACCGACUUUCGAGGACAUUAUCAACCAAAUCCCCGACCUAAUGCCUCAGUUAUUGGUUUCCGUAACGGAAUGUCACAAUCAAGAGCCGAUGCAGCUGCAGUUCGAUAAAGGCGACAUUAUCAUAUUGUUGGACAAGUGGUAAGAUUGAUUUUGGCAUUUUAUUGGGUUUUUUAAAAAAAUUGAAAUUUCGGAAGUGGAAAGAAAGUUUUUGCCAUUUUAUGUUUUGUAAAGAAAGUUCUUGCUAUUUUAUCGUCUGGAAAGAAAGUUCUUGCUAUUUUAUGGGUUAGAAAGAAAAUUAUUGCCGUUUUAUCGUUUGUAAAGAAAGUUCUUGCUAUUUUAUGGUUUGGAAAGAAAGUUAUUGCCGUUUUAUCGUUUGUAAAGAAAGUUAUUGCUAUUUUUUGCUUUGUAAAUAAAGUUCUUGCUAGUUUUUGUUUUGUAAAGAAAUUUAUUGUUGCAUUUUUACGUUAUGUAAAGAAAAUGCUUGCCAUUUUACAUUUUGUAAAGAAAGUUCUUGCCAUUUUCAGCCCAGUAACCGGUGAAAACAUUUAUUGGCACGGUGCAACACGCCAAGGACGUUGUGGUCUCUUCAAACCGGCCGAAACAGUCGCAUAUCUUGGAGCAGAAAACCCGACCAAUGCUCCACGAUUAGGACCAUUACCACUGUACCAAAACACGGUAGCAGUACCAGAAGCGAAAAAGGAACGAAUGUCACUGAUCGGCCGAAAAAACUCGCAGAAAUCACUGGAUAAAGAGAAGAAAAAACUACUGAUAAGCGAACCUCAAGGCGAUUUGAGACACACUUGUCACAUUGGUAUUGAUGGAAGUGUUUUCGGACUGGUUCAUGUAGGUUAAUAUGGCGUUUUAAACUUUUAAUUUGAAAUGUAUUAUUAUUAAAGAUAAUUUUCAGUCUUAAAAGCAUGUCAAACACUAUAAAAAGUCACUAAAAGGCCUUGCAACCCAAUGCCAAAAUUUUUAAAAUUUGGCGGGAAAAAUAAAAUUUAAAUUUUUGUUUGAAAAAGUAUUGCAAGACCUAACUUAAGGUUUAAAAUACUAAAAUAAUGAAUUUGAAUGGUUUCAACAUUUUAAUUUUGAUUUUUUAUUGACUUUUUUUUAAUUUUUAAAUUCCCGCCAAAUUUUCAAAGUCUUGGCAUUGUGUUUCAGCGUAUUCAAUAAGUUUCUAUGUCUAAUAAAAGAUGUUUGGUGCUUAAAUAUAGACUUCUUUUACUAUAUUUAAGGAAUAACUUUUAAUUUUUGAUGAUUUUUAAAAAUUUUUGAAUUCCCGCCAUGUUUUCAAAUUCUUGGCAUUAUGUUUACUAGUCUCAAUUUUCAAUUUCAGGUGAACAAAAACGACUUAUCAUCGACGAUCUCUCCACUCAUCGGUCUCUCCGAUACCGCUUCAUUGGCAGCUUCUCAACACAACAGCUCAACAUCCUCAAUAUCACCCUCACGGUCAGGCACAUCAUCCACAACAUCCUCACUGAAACAUAAUUAUGAUACGGAGCAAAUGCUACGCAAUGGUUACGAUAUUCCACUGAGAUUCCCGAAGCCGAACCAGGAAUGCGCAUCGCCUCCGGCAUUACCGCCAAAACCGGCGGCUCGGAUCAAACCGACCCAAAAAUCGACCGAAAACUGGGCUGUGCAGAAUGGUCAAGGUGGGCAAAAUGGUAAAUUUGGGCAGAAUGGACAAAAUUCAAUGGAGAGAGGUAUGAAAUGGCAGGAGAACGGGCAAAAUUCGGUGGAAAAUGGGCAAAAAUGGUCGGAAAACGGACAAAACUCAAUAGAAAGACCUCAGAAAUGGCAAGAAAAUGGCCAAAAUAGAAUAAAUAUAGAUGAAGAAGCCAAGAAUCAUAAGCAAGUUUAUGAUAACAACAUGAAAAAUGGCCAAAACUUGCAUGAUAAUCUAGAAAAAACUCAUUUCCCGUUGAGAACAAACAGUUUCCCUGAAGAAAGAAGCCAGAAUGAAGGUGAUUACCCCAGGCAUAGAAGUGUUACGACGUCUGGAGACUUUAUUAUAGACCAUUCUGCUAGUACUGCGUAAGAGUUUUCGUUUUUUGAAGUUUUAGGAUUACCUUUAUCUCUACCCCUACCCCUACCCUACCCCUAUCUCUACCCUUACCUUUACUCUUUACUUCUACCCCUACUUAUACUUCUACCAUACCCCUGCCUUUACCCCUACCCCCUACUCCUACCCCUACCCCUACCAUUACUCCUACCCCUACCAUUACCUCUACCCCUACCUUUAAUUCUAUCUUCUACUCCUACCCAUACGGUUCAUAGAGUACAGUAUAUAUCCUGCCCUACUCCGACUUUGAACCUUGAUUAUACCUUCAAUUAUGAACUUACAUAACUAGUACUAAAGGUCUUAUGGGCUACUUAAAAUACUUGUUUGUAACAUAACUUUUUACUUUCUUUCAUAUGGUAUAGGCCACUUCUUAUAGAAGGACUGAUGAUUAACUUUAAUCUUUCUCUUGUUACUAUACCUUUACCUUUAAAAUCUGUAAUACUGCGUCUAAAAUUUUAAAACUUUUUUCAAUUUCAGAGUGUUCCCAGAAGCCAAUUCCCUCCAAUCCUCUCUCGACGAGGUCCUAACCCACCUCCAAAAGGACAUAACCGACUUCUCUAUCUCAACCAUUGGCGAUUACAGCGACACCCGCCCCCCUUUUACCACCCCCAAAGCCCCGUACCCAAAAAACCCGUCGAUGAAUAUCAACAAGCAUCAUCAGAAUCCGUGGUACGACCACUAAAAGAUUCAGAAUGCCAGAAGUUGUUGAAGCGAAUCGACUCGGAACACAAGAAAGCGGCCAAGGAACUGGCCAAAGAACUUCAGAAUUCACAGAAAUUCAAGAAAGACGAUGAGAAGGAUGAGAAAGAACAAAAGGAAAAAGAGGAAUGGACGAACGAAGCACAACAAGCAUACAAAUUACUGGUAGAAUGUGGGGAUGUGCUGAAAAGGACCUCGCCUCUGCCUAAUGGAUCGCCCAAAUUUGAUAGGGUAAGGGACUACUUUUAUUGAUUUGGGGGUGUUUUUUAAGGGAAUUUAAAAAAAAAUUUUUUUUUGAUAAUAGGUUUUGAUAAGACUUUAGAAUAGAUUGUGUUAUUGUAUUUUUUGUCUUGUGUCAAGUAUAGAUCUAGGGAAAGCUAUAAGAUUAUAGUAGGCAAAAUUUGGUGAAAUGAGUGGUUUCUAAAAGUUCUUAACGGUUUUUUUGGAUUGUUUAGUUUUAAAAAAGUGUGAAGAAUGUUUUAAAAAGUAUAUUUUUUGUUUUGAGUUAGUACUAACUUUAAAAAAAUCAGCAGCUAGUCAUAUUGUAGUAGGCAAAAUUUGAUGAAAUUAAUGAGUUUCUUUAAUUUUUGAACUUUUAUUUUGAAAGUUUAGUUUGAAAAACUUGUGAAAGGUUCCAAGAAUUAUAUGUUUUGUUUUGAGUUAAGAAUAAACUGAAAAACUAGAUGUUUAUUAUAUUGUAGUAGGCAAAAUUUGAGGAAAUAAGUGAUUUUUAUCAUAAUUAAAAGCUUUUUGAUGAAGAUUCUGAACUUUUUGGUUACGUUUAGAUUAUUCAUGCUACUCUAAACAUAGUUUUUCAAUUUGUUGCUCAAAUUUUGAACUUACGAUAUUUUUUAAAUUUUGAAAUUUCAGCGAUCUUCUUCGGCCGAAACCGAAGCCACAGUAAUCCGAGCUCAGUCACUAUACGGUAACUCAUUCGAAGCCGAUGAUUUUGAACACUCAGCUCCACCUUUACCCCCGAAGAACGGCCGUCCAGGCUGUCAGUACAUCAAUAAUAGUCUGGUCGGCUCGGCUCAACACCCUCAACGAGAAUCGACCGAAAUCGAACUGCCAAUCUCAAUCGAACAACGAAGGACUAUGGAUUAUGAAAACGGCAAUAAAUUGGACGCGGCUCCAGGUGUACCACCUAAACCCAAGGCUAGGUAGGGUAGUUUUUGUUUAAUUUAGUGGUUAAGGGGUGUUGAUUUUAAAAAUUAAUUUAAACUGUUUAAAUUUUUUAAAUUAGGUAUAAGAUGGUAAGCAAACGAAAGAAAAAGCUUUAAAAUUCUAAUAGAAUGCCAUUUUUCAAUACUAAUCACUUAUAAAAUGGCAUUUUUAGGCAAAACUUACCCUCAGCCCCGACCAAUCGAAUCUCCUCCCCCCAAACGGUCCGCUUCGCACCAACCGUCCAGAAAUCCGCCCUAUUCUCCGGUUUUCCGAAAGAUGAAGUCGUAAAGUUCUAG